AUGGUAAUUCGCGACUCUCCCCUUCACGGCCGAGGAGCGUUUCUGACAGCGGCCGUGAAAAAGGGUACUUAUCUUGGCGAGUACACCGGAGAUUUGAUCGGACCCGAAGAGGCGGACAGACGGGACGACGCCAUGGGCGCCGACACCGUUUACUUGUUCGAUAUGGACAACACGGCCAACGGAAGCCAUCUUAUGAUUGACGCGAGAACGAAAGGCAACAAAACACGGUACAUCAACGAGGAUUCGAAUGGGACUGCGAAUUGUUUCUUUCACGUCAAGGUUGCCCUUGGCGAAUACCGUUGCGGCGUAUAUGCCGCCCGAGAUAUCGCCGCUAAUGAGGAGCUCUUAGUUUCCUAUGGGGCGAAAUUCAGCGCAAGUCGGAAUAAAGCCCGAAAGAUCGUGUAUAUCAUCAACCGUAAUAUUUACAUACUCGCCAAAAACCUAUCUUAG